AUGUCGUUCGAACGUGACUGCAUUUUGUUCAAGGUUCUACUCGAUAAUGGUGCCGACCCACACUGUGCCGCUGAGAGUUACAGUCAUACUACCCCGAUGAUGGCGGCUGCGAGUGCUGUUCGUAAGGCUCUUGGAGAAACCGAUAUCAACAUGAAAUGGACUUGUAUCGUUGGCGCCGCGCGCUGGGGCCAGAUAUCGUCGCAUACCCAUGAACAACGUUUUGCAUUACAGCAGCUUCAUACUCCAUUGACGCCUGCUGAGAGAAUUAAGAGAGAUAGUCGCAUAGAGGAUCUCCGAGUGCAGGUUAGGACUCUGUCCGAUGCCGGGGUGGGUGAGAGGAUGAGAGAUAAAGGCUCCAAGGUCGAGAAAAAGACACUAACCAACAAUGUUGUAGUGAGGAGGCUCAAUUUCCCAGAGUCACCUUACAUCGGAUAUGACGGCAGACAGAGUUACCCUGGCCAUCCUCUCAAUUUCGACUGCCUCCGCCCUAUCCCUCCAAAUUGUAUGAACUCCCCUUUGGAUAGAGCGAUAAGAGAAGUCCCGUGGCAACCUCGGUCGGAGAUCCUCGAUAGGCGCAUUGUGGAACCUAAAUACAUGGAUGAAUGCAAGGGUACUCCUCGGCAAGAGUACCAGGAGGGGCUGGUUGACGGCAUACGUGUACGGCAAGUUUUCAAUCCGUAUGUUAAGAUGGACAACUACCAAACAAAUAUGUAUAACUAUUGGGAUUCCCGUGAUAACAACUCCUGGGAUCCUAGGAAAACGUCGUUGAGAGGAGGCAGGAAAAUGUAUAACAUUCCAGAGGACUUGUUUCCUUAUAAGGAUGAGUUGGGCGAGUGGCAUCCUCCCAGGAUAUCGGGUCGAUACGCUGCUGAUGUCCGCAAGCAAUAUUACAUACAUAGUUUGCCGUGGGUAUGGGACCAAGAUGCGAUGGAUGCUGGCAAGAAGCACUUCAUGGACCGCGAGCCUCUGGGCAAUAAACGAUGGUUCCGCCGAGAAUAUAGGAAGGCCAAGACAGCGGAAGCAUUGCGGGGGAUGGAUGCUCUUGUCGAGGAGUAUAGGAGGGAGACUAGGGCUGCGAAACCGUAUACUUGGUUCGAGAGGACUGUCCAUGAAAUGGCAGGAAACCAGAUAGCGCCGAAAUAUGUGCGAGUGCGCAAACUGCCAAAAAUGUAA